CUGAAAUUAAGGAUGUUAUCCUCUCUCUCUCUCUCUCUCUCGUGUUCUUUUAUUGCUCUCCCGCUUGCCUUAACCGUCACUUUUAACUGUCCCCAUGGAACUCUCCCUCCUGCAUCAAAAACCCACAUUCAUUCACCACUCUCUGACCUCCAUCUUCUCCACAGGGAAGAGACCCUUCAACAGGAAUACAUCAAUUCUGUCAUGUCACUGCUCAUCUUCUUCCUCAGAUGCUACAGCAAAAGUACCCUCUCUGUCUUCACAAUGUGAGGGAAGGAGAGCAUUGAUGGGUUGUCUUCUAGCAGCAGCUGCUGGAAUUUCUGUCUGUGAUGUGGCUGGUGCAGCAAGCACAAGUAGAAGAGCUCUUAGAGGAGAAAAGAUACCCGAGAGUGACUUUAAAACUCUUCCCAACGGCCUAAAGUAUUAUGAUCUCAAGGUUGGGAAUGGAACUGAAGCUGUGAAGGGAUCUCGAGUUGCAGUGCACUAUGUUGCCAAAUGGAAGGGAAUCACUUUCAUGACGAGUAGACAGGGACUUGGAGUCGGUGGUGGGACGCCAUAUGGUUUUGAUGUGGGUCAAUCAGAAAAUGGGACAGUCCUUAAAGGAUUAGAUUUAGGAGUUAAAGGCAUGCGGGUAGGAGGCCAGCGACUGCUGAUAGUUCCUCCCGAACUCGCAUAUGGAAGCAAAGGAGUCCAGGAAAUCCCUCCAAAUGCCACAAUUGAGUUGGAUGUUGAACUUCUGGCCAUCAAACAAAGCCCCUUCGGGUCUCCUGUGAAAAUUGUUGAAGGAUAAUUCAAAUGUGUUCUGCUACCACUGUUCAUUUGGUGAGCAAGGAGAUAAAGCCAACUAUUUUCUGGAACUUGGAACGGCUCCUCAAGUUUGCCUCAGGGUGGAGGAGGAGACCAUGAAGAAGCUUUUCAUCUCUUCCUGCAGUGCAAAAAUGUGCCUUCAUGCAUUCUUGUCACGUCAUUCAUGUUAUGAAAUUUGCAGGACAAUAUUGUAUAAUGCUAAAAAUUUGAUUAAUAUCUCACCAAAGUAAAGUA